AUGAUGAGGUUUCAUAGACGUUGUGGGGAUAGAGUUAGUCUUUUACACGACAAUACAACUGCCGUAAGAAAUUUUGUUGAAUUUAAUCACGGGUUAAUUCUUAGUGCAGAUCCACUCACCGAUGAUGUUAUAUUUGAAGUUUGCAUAGAUAGAAAGGUAAACAUCUGGAAUGGGAGCCUUGAAAUCGGAGUCACCACCCUGGACCCUGAGUAUAUGGAGUUGCCUGCCACGGCAACUAAGCUUCGCAAUACGGCCUGGAUUAUGUCGGGAAGUUCUGUGGUAAAGGAUGGAGUAACACUGAUACACUCAUAUGGUCCUAAGUUGGAUAGUCUUCACGAAGGCGACUGCUUAGGUGUUAUGAGAACCAGUAAGGAUGAAUUAAUGUUCUAUGUUAAUGGAAGAUGUCUGGGUAUAGCGGCGACUGAGAUGCCCCCACGACUCUUUGCAGUUAUCGAUUUGUAUGGCCAGUGCGUACAAGUUUCAAUAAUGCAUACAAACUGCAUGCGAACUAUCAUGGAGAAUAGUUUAGAUCAGAUUGAAGAAGAUCCCAACAAUGACGAUUCGAUAAUGAGUGAAUCGGAAGUGAUGCCUGAGACUUUACAAGAUAUGCCGUGUUCGGAUGUCUUCGUACCAAUGACUACGGAAGGCGCAUGUGCUUUAGUGGCCAGAGACCGACUUCGGUUUCAUCCCAGAUGUGGUAUCUUGGUCAAACUGUCGAAUAAUAACAAGUCUGCCGAGCGCUCCCGUCCCUUAGACGACUACAAUAACGGAGUCGUAAUGACUCACAGACCGCUCUACGACAACGAGCUCUUUGAGAUUCGAAUAGACCGCCUCGUUGACAAGUGGAGCGGCAGUAUAGAGGUCGGCGUUACAACCCACAAUCCAGCGACAAUUCGGUUUCCGUCGACCAUGACAAACAUGGAUUGUGGAACCAUCAUGAUGUCUGGUUGUAAGGUCCUGAUCAACGGACAAGGCACUUGUGUCGAAUAUGGCAACUUUAAUUUGGAUGAACUUCGAGAAGGAGACACUAUUGGUAUGAUGCGCAAUUCUGCUGGUAAAUUGCACUACUUCAUAAACAGCAUCGAUCAGGGAGUUGCGGCAGACAAGGUGGACCAACAAGUUUGGGGCGUUAUCGACCUCUAUGGCAUGACUGUCAAGGUAUCAAUAGUUGAUGCGUGUGAGGAUCUUUGUGAGAUGGACACGAAUGUCAUGAACCAGCCAAGCGUCUCCAACGUCCCUAACCUACCGUCGCCUGUACCUGCGAACACCAGCAGAUACAGGCCUCAAAUAGACGAAGACAGUCUUUUAUUUCAUUCGCUGCGUGAUUCGUAUGUUAUUAUUAUUAACGAUGGUAAGACUGCUCAUCGGCCUAACGCUUUCGAAUUCUUCAACAAUGGCAUAGUGAUGACGAAUCGAACGUUAAAGACCAAUGAGCUGUUUCAAGUUAGACUCGACCUGGUCAUACCCAAGUGGGCCGGCAGUAUCGAGAUAGGGGUCACGCAGUAUUCCUCCAAUGAUAUAAAGACACCGUUCAAAAUGAGUCACGCUAAAUCAGGCACUUGGGUCAUGGCCGGCGAAGACAUUAUUCGCAAUGGAAGCGUUAUAAUACCGAAAUAUAUAAGAAAUCUCAAUGGAUUAUGUGAGGGAGACACUGUGGGCGUGAUGCGAAAGGACAUGGGCAUCCUACAUUUCUUUGUGAAUGGCAUCGAUCAAGGUCCGGCCGCUUUUAAUAUACCAGGUCAAGUUUUUGGUGUUAUUGAUUUAUAUGGAAGAGUGGCGCAAGCGACGAUAGUAGACACCUAUUCACCGCCAACAACGUUUUCACCGGAAUCGCCAAACUCCUUCGAAUCAAAUACGACAGUUUAUCCGGAAAUGUGCUUCCACCGCGUACACGGGCGUAAUGCACGCUUGAGUCGUACGCGAUUGACUGCGUCACGUACGGCGGUUUACUCGGAGUUCAACGAUGCAGUGCUCUUCAGUUCGAGGCCUUUGCGAGAGUGCGACAUGUUCGAACUAAGGAUAGACUCUAUGGUUGAUUGCUGGAUUGGGAGCUUGGAGAUUGGUGUGACAGCAAUUCGUCCGGAUGACCUGGACGAUUGCGUCCUAGCGGGAACAGCGACGGACCUGAACUACGACACGUACAUUUUGAGCGGCUCAGCAAUGAUGAAGGAUGGAGAGUGUGUGAGAAGUGGAUAUUCCUUGGAUCUGGAUACAUUGACUGUUGGAAGUCGAGUUGGUGUUAUGUGGCACGCGGAUAGAAGCCUCCACUAUUACUUAGAUGGAAUGGAUAUGGGGAAGGCGUGGUUUGUUCCUCAUCUUAACAUCUACGCAGUUGUCGACCUUUAUGGGCAAUGCACUCAGGUGACAAUACUACAAAACGAAGAAAGAACAUUUAACUACAACGGCUGUCCACUCGCCGAUAAUCCGUUUUUCGGUCUACCGCGGUUAUUGGCCACACCUCCACCGCCAUAUUGGAGUUUUUCCGAGUACUACGGAGACAACGUCCGGUUAACUCACGAGUAUUCGGUCGCGAAGAGGUUGACUCCCGAUCCGAUGGGUGCACUAGUCUUCAGUUCCGAUCACUUGGCUGUUGGGGAAAUGUUUGAGAUAAAAAUCACGGAAUGCCAAGACAGUUUCGCUGGAGGAUUUCGUAUGGGAGUGACCGAUAUAAAUAUUUUGAACGCACAUGUCAAUAGAAGCCUGCCCCCAUCUAUUAUAUACUUGCCACAUUACACCGCUUAUGUUGAUGGGAGAUACAUGAAAUAUUCAAAGCCCGGGACCAGAGAGCAAGAUUGGUGCACUGUUUCACCGUCAUUCGAGUGGCUGAGACCUGGAGACCGUGUCGGUCUGAAGAAGACUACCGACGGACGUGUAUUGGUGUAUUACAACUGCGAGUGUAUUGAUACGGCAUUUGAACGGGUUCCUGAUAAAGUGUACGUGGUGAUGGAGCUAUAUGGAUGCGUUUACAAGAUUCAAGCAAUAAAACGGGACAAUGUUGUCGCCUUGCCGCAAACAAUACCAAACGACUCGUUGUACAUAAAACCAACUACGGAGGUGGAAGUGGACCUUAACAUGGAGAGUUGUACGAGUGAAACGGAAGGCACCUUGUCUACGGUGACCGUGAUGCCAUUGGAGAGACGGCGGCGGUCACCUUUACCAUACACCUUUCACUAUGUGCACGGAAAGAAUAUCAAGCUGUGUAGCUCUGAUACAGUAGCCGUGCGUACGUCGGGCUACAACGAUGCGAUCGCUAUCGUAAGCCAGCCCCUCAGAAGGGGCCACAGUUUUAGGUUCCGGAUCGACAAGGUGGAUGAAGACUGGGAAGGCAGUGUGGCGAUAGGGGCCGUGGCGACGCUGCCUACGGACAGUCUGCCGCCAGUUGCGACUCGGCUCGACCCGGCCGCCUGGGUUCUCACCAGCGACCACUUAUACGAUGGCGCUUGUUAUUUACGCGCUCCAAUGGCUAUUGAGCUCGAAGAUGUGAAUGAGCAGUCGGUUCUGACUCUCCACUUCAGGUUCAACAGUGAUCUGGUGGUGGAGUUAGAUGGAAGAGUUUUAGCCGUCGUCGGAUCUGUCUCGAGACUCAACAGCCAUGUAUACCCCUUGGUCGAUCUCUACGGAAAAGUUUGUCAGGUCUCGGUUUUGCUCCAUCCGUAUUCUAUCAUAAGUGGAACGUCCCUAGAUUUGCCGAUAAUCGCUGAAAACAGACGCGAAGAAUCUCUAGCGGAGCUCGAACAAGAGCUGGAGAAUACAAGUGAAAAUAGAUUGCAACGUAGAAACCGGGCAUUCAGUGAGAACAAUUUGAUUGACGAUUUCGAGAUAGCGGGUCCCAGCACGGAUGUCGGAAACACCUUAUUCGAUGACGUCAGAAUCGCGCAGAGCAAAGUGAUGCAUCAGAGUUUAAUACUGACCUCGGACAGGGGGCACAGGGUCGUGCAAAAGAGUCACUCCACUCACAAUUUCAGUACCGAGGAAUUAGACGGACGAGCGAGGGACGCCUGCGAUACAAACAUUCAGCAUAACGACCGCUACCCUGAAGCCGAUGUCGAUAAUCUGGAUAACGAAAUCAUGGACGCCCUCACCUUGGAGACGGGGAACCUUCCAGAUCUAACCGAGGAACAGUCUUCGUCGACGGAUGACUCCACUCGAAGGGAUGACGCUGAAACGUUUUCGGUGGAGAAUUUAAAUUAUUUGAACAGGAUUUUGGGCUUGGAUCAAGAGAGCGAAGGGAGUCUAGAGGCGGAAUGGGAAGCCUCGGGCGAAGGCUGUGAGCAUCUGCAUUUGGUGCUGAAGUAUUGGAACUUUUUGGUGCUGCCUUACCCGGAGUUGAGGAAAGCGGUUUCUUGGGGACAAGUCAAGUGCCACUGCAGCAAUUGUGUACCGGAUGCUGAGCCGUCGUUCGCCGGUUGGGUCCGCAUUGAGCGCAUCGACGGUAUCGGUGCGGCGACACGUGGCUUCUGGCACAUAGUCCGUUCGACACUCGGCGCAGCACAAGCAGUUGAGCGAGCGGUUGCUAAGCGACCGGCCAAGAUGUCUUCCGCCCUUCUAACUUCGCCUAGCGACGUGUGGAUGGACGAAGAAGGGAAGCCGCAUCAUACGGUUUUAGCCAUAGAAAUCGAUAUAGAGGGCAACGAAGCCGAUAAGGACAGGCUGCUAGCCUUUCUCAUUUACAUGAAGCCUCACAUUGUUUUCGUCGACGAUAAUCCACCGAGCCUCGACGAAUGA